GCGUGCGCGGGGCUCGGCUCAACUAGGGCUGGGGAGGAGGAGGCAGGAGCUGCUUCUGCUGCUCGGCGCUCUGCGGGAGAAGCAGCCGCUGCCGCUGCCGCUGCCGCCGCCGCCGCCGCCGCCACCACCGCCACCGCCACCGCGGGGCAUCCUCCUCCUCUUCCUCUUCCUCCUCUUCCGCCUCUCCUGUGUCCCCUCCCCGCUCUCAUUCCUUGGAGCUGCUUUGCUCCCUUUACCACCUAGUUCCAGCGGGAGCCGCCUUUGGGUCUUCUCCCCUCUGUGUCUUCCUCCCCCCUCCCACAGCCCGGCGGGAACCGGGGGACCCCCGGGGGCGGCGGCCACUGCUGCUGCUGCUGGAGGGGGGACGGGCUGAGAUGAGGUUGGUCCAGAGAUGCCGGUCCCCUUCUUCCUCCCUCUCUUCCUCCUCCUCCUCCUCCUCCCCUGGGGCGGCGGUGGGGGCGGGGGGCGGUGAGAAGCAGGGACUGGCCCCCCCUGGGAAGAACCCCUUCGUUCACGACCUGCGUUUCACACCGUUGCAGAAAGUCCAGAUUGCCUUCAUGACUUUGACCUUGUUUCCAAUCCGACUUUUGUUCGCUGCAUUUAUGAUGUUAUUGGCAUGGCCAUUUGCAUUUGUUGCUUCUUUGGGAUCUGCUGAGAAAGAACUUGAAAAGCCCCUGGCUUUAUGGAGAAAGGUAGUGGACUUUCUGUUGAAAGCCAUCAUGCGGACAAUGUGGUUUGUUGGUGGAUUUCACUGGGUAACUGUAAAGGGCAGACGGGCCUUACCAACAGAAGCGGCCAUCCUGACUCUAGCCCCACAUUCCUCCUACUUUGAUGCCAUUCCUGUAACAAUGACCAUGUCUUCUAUCGUGAUGAAGGCAGAAAGCAGAAACAUUCCGAUAUGGGGAACUCUGAUAAAAUAUAUACGACCAGUAUUUGUAUCUCGAUCUGACCAGGAUUCUCGAAGGAAAACUGUUGAAGAAAUAAAGAGACGUGCACAGUCUAAUGGCAAAUGGCCACAGAUAAUGAUAUUCCCAGAAGGAACGUGCACUAACAGGACCUGCCUCAUCACCUUCAAGCCUGGUGCUUUUAUUCCUGGUGUUCCUGUUCAACCUGUAGUUUUAAGAUAUCCAAACAAACUGGAUACAAUUACAUGGACAUGGCAAGGUCCUGGAGCGUUGAAGAUUUUAUGGCUUACCUUAUGUCAGUUUCAUAAUUUUGUGGAAAUUGAGUUCCUUCCCGUUUAUACACCUUCAGAAGAAGAAAAGAAAAAUCCAGCACUGUAUGCAAAUAAUGUGAGAAGCGUAAUGGCAAAGGCCUUGGGAGUUUCUGUAACAGAUUACACAUUUGAAGACUGCCAGCUGGCAUUGGCUGAAGGACAACUUCGUCUCCCUUCAAACACCUGCCUUUUAGAAUUUGCCAAGCUUGUGAGAAGCCUUGGGUUAAAACCAGAAAAACUUGAAAAAGAUCUGGAUAGAUACUCAGAAAGUGCCAAGAUGAAGAACGGAGAAAAAAUUAAUCUUUCAGAAUUUGCUGAAUACAUGGAAGUCCCAGUUUCUGAUACACUGGGUGACAUGUUUGCUUUGUUUGAUGAGGAUGAAAGUGGUAAAAUUGACCUACGAGAAUAUGUAAUUGCUUUAUCUGUAGUAUGUAGACCAUCCAAGACUUUGGAAACAAUUCAGCUGGCUUUUAAGAUGUACGAAUCCCAGGAAGAUGGAAGCAUAAAAGCAGAGGACUUGGCUUGUAUUCUGAAGACUGCCAUAGGUGUUGCAGAGCUUAAUGUAACUGAACUUUUUAGAGCUAUAGAUGAAGAAGAAAAAGAGAAGAUCACAUUUGCUGACUUCAGCAGGUUUGCAGAAGUGUACCCAGACUUUGCAGAAGAAUAUUUAUAUCCAGACCAAGCAAGUUUUGAAAGCUGUGUUCAGACACCCUCUGCUCCCACUCCAAAUGGUUUCUGUACUGACUUCAGCCCCGACAAUAUUGAAGAUGAGAGGAAUCCCUUUCAGAAGAAAUUGAACUAAUACUGAAGGCAUCAUCUCCUUCUCCUGGUGAGGAGGAGAAACCCUUACCUAGGUUCCAUGAUCAUUCCAAUACACAUGAAAAUAGAGACUCCCUGUUAUUUGUGUGAGAAUUUCUCAUUUUUCUUUAUCUCCCAUGCAAUGUAAAUUUAUUCUCUUCAAACUUAUCUGGAAAGAUUUGGGUUUGAGUUUUUUGUUGUUGUUUCUUUGUAAAAAGUCUGUGAGCACCAAGACUGUGAAUGUGCUACCUUCCUUGUCCUGUAUGUGUAUUCGAAAAGAAGCCACACAGUUAUUUAUAUUCCAUUGUUUAAUUUCAUGUACAAAGUGUCUUAGGGAGUGUGCACGUAUAAAGAAUACUGUAGCAGCUGUGGUCUUAAGUGCACUUUGGUGAUCAGUGUAUUUCUGUGUUUGAGGGCAGUCAAAUUCAGACCGUCUUCAGUACCAAAUUUAACAAAUUAUGCAAAGGUGGUGGUUUAGUUUUGGGAGGGUACACAGUGGUCUAAAAAUCUGGUUUUUAAUUUUCAUUCAGACUUUGCAAACAGUCCCUUAUGUUGUCGAUUCCAUGGUAGUACAAAAAGUUAGCCACCUCUGACCCCAAGACACUCUUUGUCUACACUUGAAAAUUUUAAUUUGUUACAAGUGUGUGUUUGGGGGAGCAAUUCUAAAGAUGUGCCACCUUCCAAAUACAGAAUGUGGAGGGGGCAUUUUCUGUUUUCUAUGUCUGUCUAAAUCUGUGUGGGAGCUUGUAAAUGUUUUUAUACUCUUCAUUUAGAUACUUCAGGAAACAUUCAACACUUUUAUGAAAGGGAGACUUGUUUUUCUACAUUCCCUCCUUCCCCCACCCCAUAACAGUGUAUGAGGAAUAUUUAAUUAUAGUUCUGUAUUUUUUUAAUAUUAUAUGUACUAAGCCCUUGGUUUUGGCUCUGUGUUAUUCCAAGUAGACUUCUCCUGAGGCAAGCUAUCCUAGCCACUUGGAGUCUAGUCACCCCAAAAGGUACUCUUAACAGUCUAGCCCCUAACCCAAAAUAGCUUAUCUGUUUCCACUAAUUGUGUGUUAGGAUUCCUACUUGGUGUUUUUCCCCCUUAUUAAUUACUUUAGGGUUUUAUUUUAAAUUGGUUUAAUUCAGUGUAGAUUAAUCCAAUCAAAGUAUUUGUAUACUGCUGAAAACUCUAAAAGAUAAAAAAAUGGAAGACAACUUCUUUCUUAAUGAAAGGAGUUCAGCAGAUUACAGGAUAUUGUAUUAUUUUACUUAGUUUGAAAAACUACAAUAUGUUUGGAGUAGAAAAAUAAAUAUCCUCACAAACUUUUUUCUACCAAAUUGGUUUGGCUCCCCCUCCAUAUUUAAUUAUCCUUUAUGCAAAUAGAUAUCUCUUGAGCUAGGGGCUAGGUGAGGGUAGAGGAAAAGUGAACUAGGAAUAUUUUUCUUUAUGUUCAAUCUUCCAAGAAAGAGAAAUCUGUAUAAGGUCAGAACAUAGCUUGCCCUGUAAAAGAACAGAAUACAUAUAAGUAGCAAGAAGGGUCUGGAGCUUGCUUUUCAGGCACUAGUGCAGCCUUACGCAUUUGCCAUAUUAACUGUCCCUGUUCUAAAAUGUUGACUCCUAAGUGUCACCUGGUUAAACUGAUGUGGAAAAUCCUUCAUAUCAGGAGGGGGAAACAGUCUUACUGGGAUAUGUGUAUAGAAAUAUUUAUAUAUAUUUUAAUUGUUCUCUUUGUGUCAGAGAGAUAAAAUACAAAAGUGAUGCUUCCAGGAAGUUUGGAGGACAGAAUAAUUUGGUUUUCCCUUUGAUCCUAUUUGUGGUACGUGAUUUGCAUUCUUUUGUGGCCAGAAUUAAGCAGAAAUUCAUUCUUGAUGCCCAGUAAAUGGUUACAUGCUCUAACAUGUUUCCUCAAGCAUAUAAGUGCUUCUGGGCUUAUGUGAAAUAAUGUAGUUAUUUUCAUUUAUAAACAACUGGAUUUUGUAUUUUAGGCAUCUCCUCACAAAAUGAAUGUCAUAGCCAGGAAAAAAUAACAAAAGUCUCAUUUUCACUAAGGAUGUUUAAGUUAGGUGUGUUUUUUUUUUCCCCUACCAGAGGAAAUUUUGAGUACUUUAAAAUUUUCAGUCCUAUUUAGAUAAGUCAAAUUCUUUCCUGAAUUUUGCUAAUUUGUGUACAAGAAUGUAGAUUUCUAUUUUUUAUUCAGAUCAAGGGUGAAAUAAGUCUAUUAGAGUGAAUUUCAGAGCCUCAUAGGACCUAGUGGACACAAAACAACUCAAAUGUGGACUUAGUAGCUAAAAGUUACUAGUAUGUAUUUUGUAAAGGAUAGAAUGAAUACAUAUUCAUUGUGUCCUUUUAAAGAGAGAAAGAUCCAAUGUUCAAAUAUGAUAUUUUAAAAACAGUAAAUGGAAGAAAUUAAUAGAACUCAGAUCCUGAGGGGAAGGGACCAAAAAAAAAAAGCCCAAUUCUGAAGUUGCCUCAAUUCUUUCAGGUCUGUAUAUGAAGUGAUUUUUGUAUGAUAUGCCACUGGGCAUUUUCAGAAAAAAAAAUCUCUGAUCCACAGACUUGUAGUGAAUGUUUGUACCUCCUGAUUCUCUGUUUUUCUUAUGUAAUAACUCUAACUAGUUCAUGUGCAUUCAGAACUGUGAAUGUAGAUAAUCUUAUGGUAAAUAACUCUUUUUGUCAGGUGGGGGAGAAAGGAGAGCUUUAAUACUUUUUAUGCUACCAUGGUUUUGAAAACCAGGAUUAGCAGGCAUGAGACAGUUGGUCAGGCCUGUGAAUGUAUAUGUUGGGAGGGUGGGGAAUAAAUGGGGAUAGUCACAUCCAUUUUGUCAUUGUCUUUCACAAAAAUAAUUUUGAAUUUUAAAUGUUGAAAAAAUAAAAUGUAAAAAUCUUAUAUACUCAAGCAUAUAUUUUGUUACAUGUUGUCUUUUAUUGUAAAGACCAAACUAGAUGUUUCAUAUAUUUUGGAGGACAAAUUUAACCAAAGUUAAUAUUUAUAGUAGUACUUUUCUAGGUAAAAAGCAUUUUACUAAAAGAAAAAUAUGGUUUAGAUCUCACGAAGGAAAAAGAAUCCCAUAGAAAAAUUCUAUUUAGGACCCUUUUUUAAAACUACUGUGUAUGGAGGCUAUUUUGAGAGUCCAAGUUGUGGUUCCUGUUUGUCCACCUCUUGUACCAUGUUAGUGCUUUGUUUACAUUAAACAAUCUAAUCAGGGUAGUGCAUAAUUCCUAUAUCCAGUGCCCCUUAUAAAAUUGUAAAUGUAGAAGAAAUAAGAAUACUUUAAUCUUCCUCCAGAAUGUCUUCUAAUAACUGUAGCCAUACAUGUGCUGGCUUUUAAUAAUAUGCCAUUAUCAUUAGUAAUGUAACACUAUAAUUUUUUCUGGGAUAUUGACUGAGGCUCUGGGUUUAACUUUUUGUAACUCUUUAUUUCUCUCCAGGUUCAUCACAAAGAUCUCUAGUUUAAUCAUAGAUAAAUGAUUUUUAAAACUAAAACAGUCUGCUCUGCUCCCAUCUCUCUUUCUGGAGGGCAUGAACUAACUACCUCCUGAGUACCAAAGGGAGAUGAGCACCCUAUAGCCUACACCUCUUAACCUCAUAUUUCCUCUACCAGUAAGAUCAAUGCCUGGCUCACUGAAGGAAGGGGUGUUCAGGUCCUCACAGCAAGGUGCUGUCCAUCUGGGCUGAUCCUCUAGGAAAACUCAGUAUUCCCCUUGCAGGAAGCACAGGCUUUUCAGCCCCACAGUAAUGAAGCUGUUGGAUAGCCGUGUUGUCCAAGUGAAGCUGUGGUGGCUUCCCCUUCCUCCACCCAUGGUCCUUGAUUUUUGCUGUAUCUGUGCUGAAAAGGUGAGUGGCAUACUUCCUUCCUCCCCUGCAUCCCCCACUCCUUUAAAAGUACACAAAAGCACUAAACUCUCUUGGGACUGACUUCUUGCUCUACAACCAGGAAGUAGAAACAGAUGAGUCUGAUCUCAAAUAAGAGUUGCCAUUUCCCCUGAAAUGGUUUGGAUUUACUUUUAUUUUGUAAUAUUCUUAAUAUGAAGCUACCUUUGAAACAAGACUCCUGAAGAUCAUAUAAUGCACUGCUCCUGACACUUGGGUCACAUUUGAAAGUAAUAGCUGAUGUAGAUAUUUCUACCGAGGCAGCACGGCAUAGUAGAGAAGAGCUCCAGUCUCAAAGCCAACAAAGAUCUGGCUUAAAUUGCUGUCUCUGACCUAGCAAUGCCCUGGCUGACUGUGUGACCAUUGACAAGUCACUUAACCUGACAGUGCUAUAGGCCACCCAAUAAUACUAUAAAUUGUAGAAAAGUAUAAGUUGUAUCUUUAUUGGUAGAGGGAGUCUCCUCAUCCAGGAGUCCCCUUUAUCAAUGAAAUUGUAUAUCCUGUCCCCAUCCCUUCCUGAAGCAGUGAUGUUCUUUCAGCUUAUUAAAAUUGAAAACGUUUUCCUUUCCCUUCAUUUAUGCUAGAUAAUUCAUCCUGUCAGAGACAAGAUGUGGGGUUCCCCCACCCAUUCCAGUUUUCUUCCUAAGAAAGAUCAUCUUUGUUAAAAGAAAAGAACACAGCCACCCAACACAGACGAUCCUUACACUGAGUACCAUUACAAAGAAGGGUUCUAUACAGCAAAACUGAAUUGUGCUACCAGUACAGUAUAGAUAUUAUUUAAGCUAAUUCCAUAUUUUAUAAAGAAUAAUUCUUCAUUACAAAUAUUCUCUAGCUACACCUAUGUAAUAGUCAUGCUUUAAAAUGAAAGUCCUUAAUGGUUUACUGUCUGCUCCACAGGCAUCGAUGGAGAGUGUUAAAUUAAGCCAUAGCUGAACCCUUUGUAGUUUUCUUGACAUCAAGUAUGUAAGCUUGUCAAAGGCAGAAACUGUUUCCUUUUUCUCUUUGUACCCCAAGUGCCAAGUGCCAUGUAUUGGGCACUUAAUAAAUGUUUAUUAAUUGACUGACCAAGCAGUGGUUGCCCUUCACUUCCCCUCAUCCCUUUCCAACUCAAACAUUUCCAUUCUAUGUUCUCUUUCUCUCCACAUCCCCUCCCAAAAAGAACCCAGUCACUUAGACAAAGAUGCCGCUCAGAAUGAUCUUUGUGUUAAUAGUGGAGAAAGGCCAAGAGUUUUGUACAUGGCACCAGCCUUUGACUAAUGUCUCCUGGAUCUCAAGCAUUUUUCGAAUAUGCUAAUUCACUAGAGGGGGUGACACUAAAGCCCCUCUCUUCAAGAUACUCUAGACUAAGAAUGUAAUUUAUGACAACACAUUUUUUUUAUUUUUCUGAAACCCUUACCUUCCAUCUUGGAAUCAGUACUAUGUAUUAGUUCCAAGGCAGAAGAGUAGCAAAGGCUAGACAUUGGGGGUGAAGUGACUUGCCCAGGGUCACACAGCUAGGACAUGUCUGAGGUAAAAUUUGAACCUAGGACCUCCCAUCUUUAGGCCUGACUCUCAGUCCACUGAGCCAUCCAGCUGCCCCCAACAACACAUUUUAAAAAAACAUCCCUUUAAAAUAAUUCAGUGGACUUACCGAGUUCAAUGUGGUGAUAGAUAUGUACAGCGUACCAUCAUUUUGAAGCUCUUUUUCUCCUUAAUGUCUUCUACCAUGACAAAGAUGAAACUCCUUGGCACAGAUCCAUCUCCCAAAUAUCAUCCAUGUGUUCUAGGUAUAUAAAUACACUGACCUUGCACUAAAUUAAAUCAUAUUUCAUAGCCUAAAAGGGGGAAACACUAGCAUAUUUUAUGGUGAGAGUUUGACCAUGUGUUAAUUCUUCACCUCCCUCUCUCUCACCUCAAUGAUAGCUUUGGGGACUAAAAAAACCCUUAGUUUCAUGGUUUAUAUUAACUUUUAUGGAAAAAAGCACAUCCAUUGAGAAUUUUGACUAUUUUGUAUAUUUUCUCAAGUUUUUAAAUAGGCUGAGUCUAACUAUCUCACAUGAUUUAGUAAUAUUCAGUAAACAAUUUCUUAAAGGAAAAUACCUCAAUUUGAGAACUUUUUCUUGUUAAUUGUUAAGUAGAAUUAUGUCUUGUUUUGAUAUCAACUGUAAAAUACUAUGGUUUGCCCUGAGCCAAACAACAAUGCAAUUCCAUCAUUUCAAAUCAUGCUUUGAGAAGGAUGCUGACUUCCUUAAAGGUAAUAAAUGUGUGUCAGUAUUUGUUAUUCCACAGAGCCCUUUGAAAGUCUUAACGUGCACUAUGGAAUCACUGCUCAUUCUGAAAAACAACUUUUUCUUGUGACUGGCUUGUUAUAAGUUGACUUUUCAGUGUAAAGCCAAAUAAAAAGGUAGCUAUUAA